AUGGACAGCAGUGGGGAGCUGCGGGGACUCCCCAGCGGUCGUGAUGACGAGGCCUCGGAGGGGCUGGAGGAGGGGGAGGUGGAAGGGGAGACGCUGCUGAUCGUGGAGUCGGAGGACCAGGCCUCCGUCGACUUCUCCCACGACCAGAGUGGCGACUCGCUCAACAGCGACAUCGGAGACGAGGCCGACAGCAGCUGGAACGAGGACAUGUCCUUCUACUGCGACAAGUGCCACAAGUGGAUCCCCACCGCCCAGCUUCGAGGAGAGCAGCCCAGUUACCUGAAGGGGGAUAACUUCUUCAAGUUCACCUGCUAUGACUGCUCAGAAGACGGCAAGGAGACCUUUGAGAGGAUGAGGCUCACCUGGCAACAGGUGGUGAUGCUAGCUAUGUACAACCUGUCCCUGGAGGGCACUGGUCGCCAAGGUUACUUCCGGUGGAAAGAGGACAUCUGCGCCUUCAUCGGCAGACACUGGACCUUCCUCCUGGGAUCCAGGAAGAAGACGUCCACCUGGUGGAGCACGGUGGCGGGGUGUCUGUCGGUGGGGAGCCCCACGUUCUUCCGUUCGGGGGCUCAGGAGUUUGGGGAGCCCGGCUGGUGGAAGCUGGUGCAGAACCGCCCCCCGACCCUGCGCCCGGAGGGGGACAAGGCCUCCAUCGCCUCACUGAAGACCAAAGUCCCCUCCAAGCCGGCGCUGGACCCCAUCAUCACGGUGGAGGGGUUGCGUAAGCGGGUGGGGCGGAACCCCGUGGAGAGCGCCAUGCAGCUGAAGGAGAAGCGCUCACGCACGCAGGAGGCCAAGGACAUCCGGCGCGCGCAGAAGGAGGCGGCCGGCUUCCUGGACCGCAGCGCCUCGUCCACGCCCGUGAAGUUCGGCAGCCGCGGCCGUCGCCCGGACCUGGUGCUGGAGAAGGGCGAGGUCAUCGACUUCUCCUCCCUCAGCUCCUCGGACCGCACGCCGCUCACCAGCCCCUCCCCGUCCCCCUCGCCCGACUUCUCCGCCCCCGGCACGCCCGCCUCCCACUCGGCCACGCCCAGCCUGCUGUCGGAGGCCGACCUCAUCCCUGACGUCAUGCCUCCUCAGGCUCUGUUCCACGACGAUGAGGAGAUGGACGGGGAGGGGGUGAUAGAUCCGGGCAUAGAGUACAUCCCUCCUCCCAGCAUGCCCCUGGCCACCGGUGCCCUGAUCGUGCGCAAGAAGCUGCGUGCCGCCGAGCACAUCAAACAGGAAGUGGAGAGCGAGGGGGAGGAGCGAGGAGGCGGGGUCGAGGAUGAAGGGGCAGAGCGGGGCAUGGACGAGGGCGCAGCCAUGGGGUCGAGGGGGCGGGGCGAAAGAAAGAAGGCCCCGCAGGAUAAAGGAGAUGGGCCGUCGGCUGGCUCCGCCCCCCGCUACGCCCCGCUCAGCCUGUACGAGGAGCGGCUGCUGCUGCGGAGGCUGGAGGCGUGUCCUCAGGCGCUGGCCGUCACGCCACAGGCCAAGCGGCUCCACAGGAAGCUGCUGGUGCGGCAGUCCAAGCGGGAGCGAGGGCUACCCCUGCUGGACCUGGACCAGGCCGUCAGCGCCACCCUCACGCUGGUGGGGGGUGUGUACGGGGCCCAGGAGGCGGGGCUAAGCCGCCAGGGGUCCGGGGGGCCCAGAACCUACCGGACCACCAGCCAGGACCUCCGUAUCCUCGACCGGUUCCAGACGGCCAUGUCCAGCAGGAAGGGGUACCACCAGUCCGCCGUGUCCUUCUGCCACAGACUGAUGGGCUCGGACGCUAGCAUCGACCAAGGCAUCCGCAGCCCGUACACCUCUCGCAUACUUAAACCCUUCAUAAGGAGGGAUUACGAGUCCCGGCCCCUGAAGCUGAGUCUGCUGGCGGAGAUCCGCGCCCACGCCCAUCGGAAUGACCCCAGCUGGGCCCCCGAGCCCGACGCCCCCAUCGACUACUGCUACGUCCGCCCCAACCACAUCCCCUCCGUCAACUCCAUGUGCCAGGAGAUCUUCUGGCCAGGAGUGGACCUAUCGGAGUGCCUGCAGUACCCGGACUUCAGUGUGGUGGUUCUGUAUAAGAAGGUGGUGAUCGGGUUUGGGUUCAUGGUCCCGGAUGUGAAGUACAACGAGGCCUACAUCUCCUUCCUGCUGGUGCACCCCGAGUGGAGAAGAGCGGGAAUCGCCACAUUCAUGAUCUACCACCUCAUACAGACCUGCAUGGGUAAAGAUGUCACGCUCCAUGUGUCGGCCAGUAACCCCGCCAUGCUCCUGUACCAGAAGUUUGGUUUCAAGACGGAGGAGUACGUGCUGGACUUCUACGAUAAGUACUACCCCGUGGACAGCAAGGAGUGCCGACACGCCUUCUUCCUGCGGCUCAGACGCUGAGGGGAAAGGGGCGGGCCACGCCCUCUGGAGGAGGGGCCAAGCAGCCAUGCUUAUAAAAGGGAACGGCAAUUAUGAGUGUCAAUCUUUCCUUUUCAGUUAAAUGAAAGUGUCUUCACUGAUUAUAUCUGUAAAACUGACCAGUAAGGAUAGCAAUGGUCGUGCUUUGGGUUACUUUCACAGUGAUUCGAGGGGUAGAAGGUGUCUGGCCAAUCAUUGCUGUGCAUCUAAGCCCACAAAAAGUUGAUUUGCUUUGACUGACAGGUGUGCACGGUGAUAAAACACUCUCGGCGUGGAGGUAGAUCAGAGUUAGUUUAACACCUCUUGGUGGAAACUAGCCUUCAGUGUCUGAACUCUGGGGGUUGGGCAACAAAUAUGCCAGAUCAGGUCAGGGCUGAACUGACCAGAAGACUGUGUUGUGUGUGUGCGUGGCUAGAUUGAACAGUCCCUGAUGUUUGUGAGUGGUUAGAUGUGUAGUUUGCAGGACAAUAGUAUCAGCCAGAAGGCGACCAUGUUCUUUUUUUUGUCUGGGAUUGUUUCGUUUAAUCUGAAAUGCGAGCCAAAGGGAUCAGUGUUUUUUUUUGUCAAACGCGUCGAACAGAACUCCUGUGCUCCGUUAUAAAACUGUACAUAAAAUGUUGAGUCUAGAUUUAACCCACACCUGGCUGAGUUUUCUAAUCCAAACGACUUGAUAAGUCUGUUUAUUAUUUUGUAAAUGCUCACGUUUCUGUACAUGCAACCCUGUAGCCCAAGUGCUAUUUUUCCUAUUAAACUCUUUACAAAAUGUAA